UAAAGUGUGAAGAGUAUUAGAUGUGUAUUAAGUCACCCGGGCUUUAACGUUAUCCUCGAGACCUUUAACCUGACAGCAUGCAGCAGCAGCAGUAAUACGGGCAUAAUACAUUGUGUCUGCUAAGAAGUAUGGAUGGCGAUGACAGUGUCAUUGAUGAUGAAUGGACUGGUUUGCGUCGGAGAUUUAGCAUUGAAGGAUUGGAAUGGGAGACGCAGGACCCCAGCUCACGGACUCUCCAUGUGUGGCGUUGGGUGGUGGAUGCAGAAGCCAACUUGAAGGCUGCUCGUCAUAUCAAUGACAAGUUGAGGAGACAACAUGAUGAGGAAAAAGUGGAACUGGAGGAGUACACCGAACUCUUGCGCGUCAAGUGUGAAGACCGGGUGAAAGAACUUGAUGAUGAGGUCCGAAGCUUAAAGGAAGACUUGGAGGCUCUGCUGGCGGGGACACAAGCAAUCUCGGCCAUGCUUCUGAAGGAGGGAUUAGAUGAUGUGGCUCAGGGCUCACUUGGAGAACAGAUUGCAUACUUGCUCGUAGAGAGGUCAAAACUGAAUGAAGAGCUUACCAUUGCUCGAACCAGACCUGCCUCUGACCGUGAGAAAGACUUGACAACACAGCUCAUCAAGGCCAGUACAGACUUGGAGUUGCUAAAGCGAACACAUCAAGACACAAAUUGUCAUCUAACAGAAAUGACUGACAGAGUCUCGCUGUUAGAGAAGGCUUCACGUCAGCUGGAACUGGACAAUGAAACAUUGGCCUAUAAGCUUUCUGAGGCCCUGGCCGAGAUAGAGGAUAAUGAAGGCCAACUCCGCCGGUACUCCAAGAAUCCCCAUUUCAGACGGGGAGAAUCACCGCGUACAAGUCUUCGCAGCCAGGAGGAAUAUGGAGCCUCCAGCCUGAGGAGCCUACCACUCGCUGACAAUGUAUUCUCGCGUGAGGACUGUCAGAGGCGAAGCUUCCAAAGGAGAGACUCUUCAAGGAAUAGCGGCAGACAAAAGAAAUCUGAACCUCUUAGACCAGAGAGGGGCAAGUCACCUAGAAGAAGACAUAGUAGUCGGGCAAGUAGUGUGGGGAGGGAUGGUGUUGAGGCCAGGGAAGCUACACCACAUGCUGAGGAGGGAGAGUUGGCAGUGUCAUCUCUUGGUAAAGGUCACGAUGUGUACGGCACUCGUUGGAACAGCAUUGUGAGUUGUGGAUCUGCCUCUCCUAAGAGACUCCAUUCGUUACUCGAUGAUCAGAUACAAACCUCCAGGAGCCAGAUUACAAUGUUGGAGGAGGUGAAGAAACUUAAGGUUGAGUUGGAAAAGAUUAAGAAGGAUCUUGUGGAAGCUGGAGACAAAUAUGAGUUAAUUGUGAGAAAAUAUGAACUUUACAAAAUUAAGAGUAAAAGUAAAGUUUCUUCAUUAAAGACAAAUUAUCAGUCGGAGCUUGACACCCUAAAGCGAAGGAUCAGCCAACUAGAGGCCGAGGUGAACCUACAGGGAGACCAACUUCAGGGUGAGGAAUCCUUAAGAAAACAACUUGAAGAUGAUCUAUCAAAUAUUAGGACAGAACGCCAAGAGCUAGCCAUGAGGGUACGUGAAAGUGAGAGACUAGCCAGUGAACGUAGCCAAGAGGUUAGUCUGCUUCAGGAGAAAGUCAGACUUGUCCAAGAUAUGAAUAAGGAGCUGAAUGAGAAGCUUCAGGAACUAAGUGUAGCAGCCAUCGUCGGGUAGUAUCAGUAGAGUAACAAACAGUCUUGUGAAAAUGAUACUAUGAAAACGGAACUGAAUGAAAAGUUUGACUAUAUUUCUGUCUGCUGUUAAUGAAUCGAGAAUUUAUUUAGAGAUCAAGUGUAUUUUCUGUAUUAAUCAUCCUUUACUGAAUGUCAUGUACAGAUGUAACUUCUACUUAUAAGUCACAUGUUACAUAGAGUGUUAGAAUUAACUUUAUUCAAACAUUUAAGCCUCAGAUGAUAUUACACUGUACUGGUCUUUGAAAUAUUCUCAUAUUUUACCCACAUUGGGACUUUCUGCACAUUUGACUUUAUACCUAAUGUGUUUAGACAAGAAACUUUUCGCUGGUUGUCUGACAUAUUUGCCAAAAGAGAAAGAAAAAAAUGCUUGCUUGCAGGAAGACCUAUAUAGUAGGUGCUUGAGCUGACCAACUCCUGGCAUUCAAAAUUUUUUUAUCAAUAAGUGUUACUAGAGUGAUGUCUAUACCUAUACAAGUUUUUACAAAUUAUAUCUUCCAACAAUGUGACACAUCUUCCAGUCAUGCAGAAAACCGUACAAAAUUAUCUUACCAACUCUCCGUCCAUGUUUGUGAGCUAAAAUUUUAUAGGUGCUGUUUUUUAUUAAUUUUUUUAAGAAUAUUUAUAGCUUUUGUAAUUUUAAUAUUGUAGAAUAAUUAAGGCUAAUAUUGGUUAUAUGUGAUGUGUGGUGAGGCUGAUGCAGCAAAUGUUGUAGUGAUUUCUACGUCACUUGUAAGCAUUCAUAUUCUCUCAAUACUCAGAUGUUUAUACCCAUUAUCAGUUACAGUAAUGGCUUUUGUUUUAUUUGAGGAUCAUCUUUUGAUAAUCGUCAUUAAUGCAUACAGUGCUGGAUUUAGACCUGUGGAGGCCCAUGGGCAGCCUCUUUGUGGAGGCUCCCCUCAUUAUAACUACCCAAGAGGGUGGGGUGGCGAGUGAAGCGAGCCUAAACAUAUUAUUAGCAACA